AUGUCGUCCCCGCCUAGUUCGCUCUGGGGCUCGUCUCCUGGUGAUGGGCGCUCUGAUGGACGACACUCACAGUUCACGUACCGGCAUCUCAGCCAGAUGGCCUCGUACAACACGUCAUGCCCGCUCAGAGUUGUCGCUCACAUCGACCUAGAUUGCUUCUAUGCUCAGGCCGAGAUGGUUCGUCUCGGUGUGCCUGAGGACCAACCCCUCGCUGUGCAGCAGUGGCAGGGCCUGAUUGCGGUCAAUUAUCCGGCCCGAGCCUACGGCAUCGGGCGUCAUUGCAACGUGACGGAAGCGAAGAAGCUGUGCCCUCAGCUGAUCCACCAGCACGUCGCAACCUGGCGCGAGGGUGACGACAAGUGGGCCUACCGCCCGGAUGCUGCGGACCAUGUCGCCACAGACAAGGUAUCUCUUGAUCCUUAUCGUCUCGAAUCAAGACGCAUCUUGGCCGUCAUCAAGGAGCAUCUACCUCAUGAUUUGCAAAAAGUGGAAAAAGCCGGCAUCGACGAGGUGUUCCUUGAUCUAUCCGCCCACGCUCAUGCCGUCCUCCUGGAACGCUUUCCCGAGCUAACCAGCCCGCCCCCUGACGACGACCCGUCUGCGCUGCUCCCAAUGCCUCCGCUUUCCGCCCUGGAAUGGCAAGCCGACGCGCUUGUGGAUCUGGAUGAUGAGCAUACCGAGUUUGACGACCCGGACUGGGACGACGUGGCCCUUCUCAUCGCAUCCGAGAUUGUGCGCAAUAUCCGUGCCGCGAUUCGAGAGAAGCUGAAGUAUACAUGCUCUGCCGGCGUAGCCAGAAACAAGCUGCUCAGCAAGCUGGGCUCUGGCCACAACAAGCCCAAUCAACAAACAGUGAUUCGCAAUCGGGCAGUGCGCCACUUCUUGUCGGGCUUCAAGUUCACAAAAUUUAGGAACCUUGGGGGCAAGUUGGGCGAGCAACUCAGGCAGGCAUUCAACACGGACUCGGUUCAAGAUCUCCUCGCGGUCUCUGUGGAGCAAUUGAAGUCCAAGUUCGGAGAUGACACGGGAGUGUGGAUCUACGACACGUUGCGUGGAAUUGACACCAGUGAAGUGAACUCGCGCACCCAGAUCAAGUCAAUGCUUUCGGCCAAGUCAUUUCGGCCCAGCAUCAACACCGUGGAGCAGGCAAGAAAGUGGCUCCAGAUCUUUGCAGCCGACAUAUUCUCCCGGCUUGUCGAAGAAGGUGUGCUGGAGAACAAGCGGCGUCCCAAAACAAUUACUUUGCACCAUCGCCAUUACGCCCAGACUCGUUCCCGCCAAAGUCCCAUCCACCAAGGCCGAUUGUUGGAUGAGGAGACGUUGCUGAGCCUCGCCAAGAGCCUCCUGGACCAGAUUGUCGCCGAAGGCCAUGUUUGGCCGUGUACUAAUCUCAGUCUAAGCGUUGGUGGGUUCGACCAAGGCAUAUCGAGAAACAUGGGCAUAGACGGAUUUUUGCUGAAGGGCGAAGAGGCACAGGUGGUCAAGCUGGGAUCAAAAAUGCUGAUGAAGGAGGAGGAUGCCCAAGAGACCCAACCUGCAGAGAAGCGACGACGUAUCGAUAGCAGCGGCAUCCGGCAAUUCCUUACCAAAAAGGAGCAAACCCCUUGCACAGGCUCUGAUGGUGCCGUCAUGGGCAACAACGGCGGUGAAACGUUAGGUAGCCUGGGAUCAGAAGUCUCGCCGGGUGCGGCUGGCAAUCCGAAUGGUCUGACUGCACCGGACGAAGCGUCUUUCUCCCAGGCCAAUCACCGGCAAACAUCAACCACGGUCCACCUUUGCCCUCGGUGCGACUCCCGUUUGGAGAGUUCGGAAGCGCUGCAGAACCACCAGGACUGGCACUUUGCCAAAGACUUACAGGAGCAGGAACGUGUCACAUCAACAUUUGUCAGCCAGCCGUCCACCGCCGGGAACGGGAGACCUGCACCAGCGCCGGUUAAAAGACCGGGAAGGCCAAAGAAGAAGGAGCGCGGGCAAAGCAAGUUAAAUUUUGGGUGA